UCCCAGGAAGACCCGGGCCCUCGAGCGGAAGCGGCGGAAUCUGACGGCUGUCGGAGGCCGGAGUGGGCGUCGCGGGCGUUUGUACCGUGGGACUCGCCUUCGGCACGGCCGCCUCUGCCCACUUCCUCUACACCCUGCUCUAGGCCGCCAUGAAGGACUCGCUGGUGCUGCUGGGCCGCGUCCCGGCCCACCCGGACUCCCGCUGCUGGUUCUUGGCCUGGAACCCCGCGGGAACCCUGUUGGCGUCGUGUGGUGGUGACCGUAGAGUCCGCAUCUGGGGCAUGGAAGGUGACAGCUGGAUCUGCAAAUCUGUCCUUUCUGAAGGCCAUCAGCGCACUGUGCGGAAGGUAGCCUGGUCUCCCUGUGGCAAUUACCUGGCCUCUGCCAGUUUCGAUGCUACCACUUGCAUUUGGAAAAAGAACCAGGAUGACUUUGAGUGUGUAACUACUCUGGAGGGCCAUGAAAAUGAGGUCAAGUCAGUGGCCUGGGCCCCUUCUGGCAACCUCCUUGCCACUUGCAGCCGAGAUAAGAGUGUGUGGGUCUGGGAAGUUGAUGAAGAAGAUGAGUAUGAAUGUGUCAGUGUCCUCAACUCUCAUACACAGGAUGUCAAGCAUGUGGUUUGGCACCCAAGCCAGGAGCUGUUAGCCUCUGCCAGCUACGAUGACACAGUGAAGCUCUACCGGGAGGAAGAGGAUGAUUGGGUGUGCUGUGCCACCCUCGAAGGCCAUGAAUCCACUGUGUGGAGCUUAGCCUUUGACCCCAGUGGCCAGCGCUUGGCAUCUUGCAGUGAUGACCGUACUGUGCGUAUCUGGCGCCAGUAUCUUCCGGACAACGAGCAAGGGGUGGCGUGCAGCGGCUCUGACCCCAGCUGGAAAUGUGUCUGCACUUUGUCAGGCUUCCACUCCAGGACCAUUUACGACGUGGCUUGGUGUCAGCUGACAGGGGCCCUGGCUACAGCUUGCGGGGAUGAUGCCAUCCGUGUGUUCGAAGAGGAUCCCAGCUCAGAUCCACAGCAGCCCACCUUCUCCCUGACAGCCCACUUGCCUCAGGCCCAUUCCCAGGAUGUCAAUUGUGUGGCCUGGAACCCUAAGGAGCAGGGGCUUCUGGCCUCUUGCAGUGAUGACGGGGAGGUGGCCUUCUGGAAGUAUCACCGACCAGAAGGCAUCUGAGCCACCUUGACUUUGGACAGAAUCAUGGUUCCCCAGAAAAUGUCUUAAGACUUUCCCAGCCCCAAGAGGACCAGGAGGAGCAUCCUUGACCUUCGUCUAACUUGGCUCUCUUCCAUUCAGACUUGGGUAGACGUGCAGAGCCACAGAACCACUCCCUCUUCCCCUCCCAUGACAUGCAGCCCUCGGCAAAGAGCUACAGAACUUCAGUGCGUCUUGGUUAUGCUACAGCUUUUGCUUGCUUGAGGGCACAGUGUUCAGUUUUGGGGGGUGCCUAGAGUCUUUAUAGCCACCUUAUCUCUAUGUAGAAGGGGAUACAUUUAGCCUUUUCAGAAACGGGAAGCUUUCUAGAAAUAGGUCAUCUGAGUCCCAAGUCCUAUUUCAUAAGGACAUUCACAACUUAAAAGAAUUUCAUGGCGAGUGCUUUUCUAGAAAUAGGUUCUGCCUUCCUUAUUUCUGGGUAGAUCCUUACAUUUUAGACAUUCAGUAUUGCAGGACAUUUUUUAAUGUAGGCUAGUUUAGAGUAAGACAUGCUUCUGCUUUCCCUUAGAAACCCUCAUGUGUCUUCUGUGCAGGUAUGCUGUGGUGGCAACUGCGAAUGCUGAAAAGUAAGUGGGGAAGGGCGUGAACCCUAAGAGGGAGUUACUACUGGCUACAGGCCAUACAUUCUCAGUGGGGCUGAAAGUCGGUUCUUGGGUGGGAGGCAAGAAAAUAUUAGAGACCAUAAUUUGUGGCUCUCUAAUGAACCACCAGUAUUAAAUUUUUGUGGUGGAGGCAAAUAGAAAAAAGACAUCUAAUAAGGCUCAUUAGGGGCAUGAUAAUGAAAAAAAGUAGAGAACCACUCCUUAAGCUAUCACUUCUUCGAUCUCAUUCAGGUUGUCCUCUGAAAGUCACUUCCAAAUGGGUUUUGACUUGAGGACUGUCCCCAGAGCUACAGCCUUCACCUGAUUGUUUACACCACAGAAAUCAGGACCUUAGGUUUUGGAAAGACAGCCAGGGCGGUGCCUUGCAGUGGCUCUCACUGUGGUCCCGAGAGCCUUUCAGGGGACCUGCGCGGUCAGCUGUGGCAGGAAUCAAGGCAGUGGCACCUCAUACUAGUGGCCGUCGUCUUCACUGCCUUCCCCUCACGGUAGAAACUGUGGCAGCCUCGCUUAGAAAUGCCCUGGAUAGAACCCACUAAACACUGUUAAAUCUUGACCCGAGAACACAGCUAACACGCUGGCUGUGGAAAACAGGAUAAAGCCCUUCUGCCGCACACUGAAGUAAGGCUGUCCUGACAAAAAGCAGUUGUGUAAGCUAAACUGUCUUCGUGGCCCCAUUUUGGCUUGAAAAAAUUAGCAAAUUACGUUAGUUAGACUUGGCUUACCUGGCAGACAUUUUCUGGGACAUGGAUGGAGUGAGCCUUUCGCAUCAAGGGAAACUGGUAGCGUUGCCAACGAAACAAUAAAGCUCUUAAGCAAAAAUUAGAAUUUUCAAAACCUUGUAUUGCCACCGUGAGCUUGACGUCUUCCCAGCGCUUGCUUUUCUGAUGAGACUGGUGGUAUUAACAGAUGCAAUCUGUAUGAUGAAAUGUGUCAUUUGGAAGAUCUGCCGAAAUCAGUGAACCAACAUUUUCCAAAUGACUAAUGCAUGAUAUUAAUAAAUUUUUUCAUGGUUUAGAAAUUCAAA